AUGAACGGCACCAGCAGCGAUGUCAAUGGGAAGGCGCCACUUGGUAGUGACAGUGGCAGCUCGCACCCAGUCGCACCACUUGUCAAAGUGCAACCACCACGCCGCGAGGACCUCCAACCGAGCUAUGCGAAAGCCAUCGAGCCCGAUACUGAAGAUGCCGCCCAGCAUGGAUGGUAUGGGAGCAUGAUUAACGCGCUUGGCUCCUGCGUCGGUACACUGGGCGCGAUCCCAUGUUGCAUAAUAUGCCCCAACCCAUACAAGCCAGUCGCACAGGGUAACGUCGGCCUCGUCACCAAAUUCGGACGCUUCGCACGCGCAGUCGACCCAGGUCUCGUUAAGAUCAACCCUCUAUCUGAGAACCUCAUUCAAGUCGAUGUAAAGAUUCAGAUCGUGGAGGUGCCAAAGCAAGUCUGUAUGACAAAGGACAACGUGAACCUCACUCUUACCAGUGUCAUCUACUACCACAUCAUCAGCCCCCACAAAGCCGCCUUCGGAAUCUCCAACAUCCGCACCGCUCUCGUCGAGCGCACGCAAACCACCCUGCGCCACGUCAUCGGUGCCCGUGUCCUCCAAGACGUUAUCGAACGCCGCGAAGAGAUCGCCCAAUCAAUCCGCGAGAUCAUCGAUGAGACCGCCACAGGCUGGGGUGUAGCGGUCGAGAGCAUGCUCGUCAAGGACAUCAUUUUCAGCCAAGAGCUUCAGGACAGUCUCUCAAUGGCCGCACAGAGCAAGCGAACUGGUGAAGCCAAGGUCAUAAGUGCUCGCGCCGAAGUCGAGAGCGCCAAAUUGAUGCGACAGGCCGCCGAUAUUUUGAGUUCAGCACCUGCCAUGCAAAUCCGAUACCUUGAGGCGAUGCAGAGCAUGGCCAAGACAGCCAACAGCAAAGUAAUUUUCCUUCCGGCUCAAAACCAAACGGUCCAGCAGCAGCUUGCGCAAGCUGAGGCUGUGGGCGAGGGACCCAGCAGCUACAGGGACUAUGGUACUGCCAACCAUAUGACUGGGAAUGAGAAUCAGAGCGAAUUCGCAGGCAACACGCACGGCUUCCAGAGCGCUGUAAACGCGCGUGUUGUCGAGAACAUGUAA